AUUUUGAAUUUGGAAUAAUGGACAAUUAGAAUAAUGAGGAUUACUCUGACUUCUUUAAAGGUAAUAAAGUGUGAAAAUUAGAUUAGUUGUGUUAGUAGGUGAUGCUGGAGUAGGUAAAACACAUUUAAUGACCAGGUAAUUUAUUUUAUACAAUAACAGAUAUGUUAAAGGUUGUUUACCAAAAAAUGCAGUACCAACAAUAGGGAUUGAAUUUGCUGGAAAGACAGUCACUUUAUAGAAUGGCAAAAAAGUUAAAGCAUAAAUUUGGGAUACAGCUGGAUAAGAAAGGUACAGAGGAAUUACAAGCACGUAUUAGAAUAAAUUUAAUUCAGUCAUUUUCGAAAAGCAGGAGGAGCUUUAGUUGUUUAUGAUGUAACAAAAGAAAAGACUUUUGAAAGUGUUGUUAAGUGGAUGGAAGAUUUACGAUAUUAAGCAGAACCAGAUGUGGUUAUUAUGUUAGU